AUGAUGGUGAUGAUGAUGAUGAUAAUGGUGAUGAUGAUGAUGAUGACAAUGAUGAUGGUGAUGAUGAUUGUGGUGAUGUUUAAUGAUGAUGACGGUGAUGAUGAUGACGAUGAUAAUGAUGAUGAUGACGAUGAUGAUGAUGAUGAUGAUGAUGAUGAUGAUGGUGAUGAUGAUGAUGAUGAUGGUGAUGUUGGGAAUGAUGACGAUGAUGAU